GUCUUCGUCUUACGCCACAACCGGAAGAAGAAUCUUGUCAACAUGGCGUCGCUCUGUGGUCACGUCUAAGAGCUUCAGUGCGGUCAAACUCUCAGCCUCACUGUAAAAAACCCUGUCAGAAAGUCUUCGCCAUGUUUCCAGAAACUUCCCGCUGCGUCACUGCGGCUCUGUCUCCGUUUUCACAAACUGCUCUGUGGAAGGAUUUGAGCCGCUGCUCCGUGACACAUGGACCCGCUCUGUGCUGCCACCAACCCCGCAGACACCUCAGUGUGAGCCGUUGUCUCACAGCCAAGGCUCCGCCGCCGCCGCGUUCGCCCCGGGAGAAGGUGCACAUCCCGGGCCUGGAAAUGGUGACCUACGCGGACAGGAUGCACUUUGUCCCGGGGCUGGCGAAGCCCGUGUCGCCGCAGUGGGAGAGGAGCUACAAGGACCCGAGGUUCUACAAGUCUCCACCGCGGCACGAAAUGCCUCUGUACAAAGAGAAACCGUGUUACAUCUUCAACCAAAGAAGCAACAUCCUGGAAGGUGUGAGACAGGCUCUGUGGUUGACCAAAACCAAGUUGAUCUCUGGUCUGCCGCCUCAGCUCCUCAUGGCGGUGGAGGAUCCUGCCAAUCAGAUUCCGGAUCAGGACGAACGCGUGCAGAACGCCAUCAAACACGCUCGCUUCUGGGACACCACGGAGGAGCGGCCAAACAAAGACAAGUACAGCACGGCUCUGCUCACAAACCUGCUCCACCUGUGUGCAACCUUGAAGUGCAGCCACCCUGCCACCAGCAGGAGGACGCUGGCCGAGGAGUACUCUCUGGCAGCCUCCUGGAGCAGAGGCGAGGACUUGUUCCAGGUCAGAGGUCGAAACGGUUUACUCCACAACUGCAUGGAUCCUCUCCCGGCGGUUUCUGGGAGAGAAGAAGUCGCAGAAACGGCAGCUCAUGCCCUGGAAAGCUUCUAUCCAGUCUCCCCGACCAUCGACCUCCACAAAACCCAGGAGUACCGGGAGAACGUCAACUGCACAGGUUUCAGGGCCGACUUCCCUUACCCCCACGCACACACAGUCUACUUCCUGGAUGGAGCUGACACCAGAUACAAGCUCAACCGCGAACAGUUUCGAGCCAAAAUGCUGAUGUUCACCUUUGGGAACGCCUUGGCUCGUGCACACAUUCUGUACGGGACGCAGCCCCAGAGUGUGUUAGACUGUCCCAUCACCGUCCAGGCUGUGGGAACCAACGGGAGGAUUUUCCAGUUUUUGGUUUUCCAGCUCAACACCACAGACCUGACAGGAGACCAUGGUGUGAAGAACCAGGUGUGGCUGGAAGGCGACGUCAUGCUCUACGACUUUGCUAAAGUUCGACCCAGGAUCAAGAAGAAGCAAGUGGUGGUUCCAGCUGGUCUGGCCGGCUACAAACCUGAGACAUUCAGCAAGUUCCUGGCACUUUACCUGCACGGAGCUGUGUAGGAGCUGCUCUACCCGUGUGUGUCUGUGUCAGUUGUUUGUAAAAUUACUCAGUGGUUCAGAAUAAAUGGUUUCUUUCUCUGGAA